AUGAAGUUCGACAAUGGAACAGAACAGGCAACGUUUGAUAAGGUGGUAAGUGAGCUGCCUAGUCUGAUCAAAACCAAGUGUAAAGGGUAUGAUGAAUUGUACGGAUAUCAACUUUUGCCAGGUGACUACUACAAAGAAUCCAUUGUCAAAGCUCUUCUCUACAAAUUUUGUAAAGCCAACAAUUUUGAAUACGAGGGAACCACCUCUGCAUUAUGUGAUACCUUGAAUUGGAGACGUGAGUUUGAUCCUUUGAGUGCUGCGUUCAGCGAACGUCACGACGAUGCUCUCGUUAAUGUCGGCAUUUUGACCAAAUAUCCUAAAGAGGACUCUAACAAGAGGGUGGUAACCUGGAAUUUGUAUGGUGCCUUAAUCACCCAAAAACAUGUUUUUGAUGACAUCAACAAGUUUCUGCGGUACAGGAUAGGACUGAUGGAGCGAUCGAUUGGAUUGCUGGACUUCGAGGACGAGUCUAAUAAUUUCGUAGCUCAGGUUCACGACUACGAUGGUGUGUCAAUGUGGAGAAUGGACCCUCAGAUCAAAAAAUGCACCAAACAAGUGAUCGCAGUUUUCCAAAAGCACUACCCAGAGCUGCUGUCUGCCAAGUUUUUCAUCAACGUACCUAGUUUGCUGACGUGGGUCUACGAUGUAGUCAAGAAGUUUGUCAAUGAAGAGACCAGAAAGAAAUUCGUGGUAUUGAAUGACGGUUCCAAACUGGGCCAAUAUCUAACCUCGGCUCCUUCAAAGCUGUACGGUGGAAAUUCGAAGGAUACGCUUCAGGCUCAAAACGUAAAAGAGGUUAAACCGUCCGAUUACACCUUAUACCUUUUUGAACAAAAGGUCUCAGCCGAUGUGGAAUAA